AUGUCGACGCGCGCGAUAGACGGCGCGGUGACGUCGAACGCGGGGGAUUUCGCUCGCCAAGACGGAUCGACCGAUUGGGAAGGCAUGUGGAGCCGCGGAAUCACCAAGGGCGCCGCGUUCGAUUGCUCGCGCACUGAACCGGCGUUUCAAAACGCUCUGGACGCGAAGGAGAUCGCGAUCGGGUCCGGGCGGGCGUUGGUUCCGGGAUGCGGCAGGGGGUACGCUUUGGCUUCGCUCGCGCGCGCCGGUUUUGGCGACGUCGUCGGGUUGGAGAUUUCCGAGACGGCCAAGGAGGCGUGCGAGGAGCAACUGAAGGCGGAGUCGAUUCCGGAGACGGCGCGAGUGGAGGUUGUGGUGGCCGACUUUUUCGCGUACGAUCCGAAAGAGGCGUUCGACGCUGCGUACGACUGCACGUUCCUGUGCGCCAUCGACCCGAGGCGAAGGGAGGAGUGGGCGAGAAAGCACGCGAGCUUGAUCAAGCCCGGAGGGACGCUGGUGUGUCUGGUAUUUCCUGUGGGCGAUUUCGAGGGCGGUCCGCCGUACGCGUUGACGCCAGAAAUCGUUCGCGAAUUGUUGGCGCCUGCGGGUUUCGAGGAGAUCGAGCUUCGAGAGACCCCGGCAGAGAUGUACGCGAGAGGAAGGCUGGAGUAUUUAUUCACGUGGCGUCGUCGCUCGUGA